AUGACAGCAAGUGCAGCUGUUCUUUGGAACAAGAAACAAAAUGCGAGGGAUGUUAAGCAGAUUCAGAACAUUGAAGGGUCAACACCAGUCGGAUCCCCUCAGUCAUGGUUCUACAAUGCGGACAGAGAAUUGGAAAGCGUCCCUCAUCUGUCUCUUUUACAAGCUACUACUGUGCUCUAUGGUGAAAGGCCUGACCUAAAGAAGAAAGAGCCAACGAUGGUUGUUGAUAUAGAGGUUUUGGUGUGGGUUGGCUGGCGGCGUGGGUUUGAGAAAGAUUGA